ACGAAUCGCAUACCCCCCACCAAAAAAAAAAGAAAAGAAAACUUUCUUCUUCUUCAAGCGGCUUUUCUCCUUCCAAAACUUCUGUAAAACUCCCUACUUUUUACCCAGAGUUUUUCAUAAUUACAGAGAAAAAUCUAACAAAUACACUGCAAAUUGAAAUUAUUUUUCGGAGCUCUAAUAUAUACACACUCGCAUAUAUAUAUAUAUAUAUAUAUACAUAUAAUAUAUAUAUGUAAAGAGGGAAUCUUUGUAAGAGAGAGAAAGUAUCGGAAUGGGGGGUUCAUCGGAGACGAAGUUUUUGCAAGAACUGAUUCUGUACGCGGCGAGCGCGGCGCUGAGUUGCUUGGUGCUGUUCGCGGGGCUCCGGCAUCUCGACCCGAACCGCGAGGCCUCAAAGAAAGCUUUGGAGCACAAGAAGGAGAUUUCCAAGCGCUUGGGUCGCCCUCUUGUUCAGACCAAUCCUUACGAGGAUGUUAUAGCCUGUGAUGUUAUAAACCCGGAUCACAUCGAUGUGGAAUUUGAAUCAAUUGGAGGAUUAGAAGCGAUCAAGCAAGCUUUGUAUGAACUGGUGAUUCUUCCGCUACGGAGGCCUGAUCUGUUUUCGCAUGGAAAGCUUCUUGGUCCACAAAAAGGGGUAUUGUUGUAUGGACCACCUGGUACCGGAAAGACCAUGCUUGCAAAAGCUAUUGCAAAAGAGUCUGGAGCUGUUUUUAUUAAUGUGAGAAUAUCGAAUCUUAUGAGUAAAUGGUUUGGUGACGCACAAAAACUUGUUGCCGCUGUUUUUAGCCUGGCUUACAAACUCCAGCCUGCUAUCAUCUUCAUCGAUGAAGUAGACAGCUUUUUGGGUCAGCGCCGUAAUACUGAUCAUGAAGCAAUGACAAACAUGAAGACCGAGUUCAUGGCUUUAUGGGAUGGCUUUACAACUGAUCAGAAUGCUCAAGUUAUGGUUCUUGCUGCUACCAAUCGUCCCUCAGAACUUGAUGAAGCAAUACUCCGCCGUCUUCCUCAGGCCUUUGAGAUUGGAAUACCUGACCGUAGGGAGAGGGCUGCAAUACUGAAGGUGAUUCUGAAGGGUGAGAAGGUCGAAGACAACAUUGAUUAUGACUAUGUGGCUAGCUUGUGCGAGGGUUAUACAGGUUCAGAUCUACUUGAACUUUGCAAGAAAGCAGCUUAUUUUCCCAUCAGAGACCUACUAGAUGCGGAGAAAGCUGGAAAACGAGCUUCUGCGCCAAGGCCUCUUUCCCAGACAGAUUUAGGGAAAGUUCUCGCCACAUCAAGAAAGACAAAGGUUGCUGCAAGCGAAUACAGUGGAUUAAGCUCGCAAUCAUCCGGGUGGUCCAGGAGUGCAGAUUCGGGCGAUUAUCCCGUUCAAGCUGCAAUAAACGAGCUCUCCAAGCUUGUGGUUUCCCAUGUCUUGAAUCUUCAAUCAGAUAACCAAGACCCAUAAAACCAUGACUCCAGCUUCUGUGGACGAUGCGUUAUUUGUGGUUUUGACAUUGUUGUAAUUGUAGUUUACUACAGUUGUAACUCCUUUAGUUAGGUAAUUUUCUUUUAGACUUGCUAUGCACCCUCAUUAUCUAUCUAUUCAUGCGGCUUUUGGGAGGAUUCCUCUCAUUAUUUCA